AUUGGCAGGUUUUCAAGCAGCAGAUUACACAAGAUAAUGCCUUGAGGUCACAAAAAAAGUACAUUUCUAUUUCUCGCUUGGAUGUAAACACAGGGCUUUGGUAGAGUAGGCUAAUAUUGAGCCAAAAUGACAGACACUCUCAGACAGACACAACUUUAUACACAUCACACACACACAUGACUUGUCUGCCAAAGAACCUCUUCAGCUUGAACAUUUCAUCUAUGAGAUAAAACAGAGCUGAAUAAGCUAGUAAGGUUGCCAAUAGUGGAGAGGGAGAGAAACAGAGAGAAACAGUGUGAGAGAGAGACAGGGAGAGAGAGAGGGGGGAGAAAGAGAAGCGGGAGGGAGAAAGGGUGAUGAUAAAACUUCACUGUGAGCCCUCCUGUGAGCUCAGUCAGAGCAAAGGAGCAACUGAGACCAGAGGGACAGGGAGUGCGACAGCAAAAGGGGGACCUACCGCACAACAACAAAUCACUGCUCUCUGACGUGACACUUGCACGUGGUCUUGGACUUGUUGGGAGAGUUAGCAGGGAAGCACCUGUGUUGUGUCAGACAGAAGCAGAAGAGCUACCUGUAAAGUUUUUGUGAUAGCGGAGAGGAGAAAAGAAGAAGGCUGAGCAAAAGAUCAAAACUGGACCUCAUCCAUCUCCUCUUGGGCUUUGUUCUCUCUUCAUCCCCCACGGGGUGCACAGACAGAUUGAUCUGAACACUGAACUGCAUCUUCUGAUGAAAGCCCAACUUUUGUGGAUCUUGCAGCUUUUCCAGCAACCACACAACUUUGCUGGAGACUGGAUCCACGGCUCAGUGUGAGAAACAGCAGGAGAGAGUUGUGGGGGGGGAAAAGAGAAUAUUGCUAUCCAUCUCUAGCCCCCACAGCCCACCCUCAGCUUUGGACGCCCCUCCUCUCUGCCUCUUCUUUUGCCCCCCUGUAUUCCCCCCCCCCCCCCCCCCCCCUCACCCACCCCCUCUACACCUCACCCACCAACAGAGCAGAAAGCGUGAAAAAUCUCACUAAUGGGUUUAUUUGCUGUCAGAUCUGCGCCGAUCUGUCAUUCCCGUGGACCAUUCUGCUUGACACAUUUCAUAGUUGAGUAAGCCUCCCUAGCUUUCUGGCUAGAGUUAACAGUGCCCCUGCGACGUUGCUCUGGCUGAGAGCUCAUCAAGAGGGGAGCAACGGCGGCAGCAGUCAGUCUGACAGUGUCUUGGACAGGGAGUCCCUGAAGCUGCAUUCCUCCGGUCUCCUUCCCCCCCACCCCCCCGUUGGGACUUUGUGUUUGUGAGCCUUGUGGGCAUCCUCAAGUUUUUCUGUCUAAUCACACAGUCCUCCACAGAAGAUCCAGGCUGUUUCUGCAGGGAUUCUGGUGCUGAUUGAGAAAUUGUGUGAAGAUGCGGUGUGGGGCUGGGCCUCUGGUCGUGGUGGCUGCAGUGUUUUGGACUCAGUGUGUCCUUCUGGAUGGGGUGGAUGCCAAGAAGGAGAGGAAGAGGCCGAAGGAGGCCACCCCACAACACACAGAGACCUUCAAUGCUACUAUUUCCAACAGCGAAGAGGUCGGUGGAAGCAUCAAGAUUACGGACAACCAGAGAGUGGAUCCGCUGGGAUCAUGGAUGGACUUUGUCAAAAGACCAGUUGGCAACUUUCCUGGAAAGUGUCGCAAACGCAAACGACCUCUGCCGGGCCCACCUGGUCCCCCAGGUCCUCCUGGCCCACAGGGACCUCCUGGCUCUCCUGGAGCUGAAGUGACCCAGGACGUUCUUCUCCAGGAGUUCAAAGACAUGAUUAAAGAGGCUACGGAGAGGAGAGCAGCAGCACUGGACAGACAGACCAGCCCCAGCCAGUUACCUACAGCUCUCCUCACCCUGGAGGGGAUGACCUCCUACCGGCGAAUAGAGGAGGCUUUCCACUGCAAGCUCAAAGGACCUGUGGUGGUCGACAAGAAGACUCUGGUGGAGCUCCAGAACUUUCAGACACCACCGGCUAAAGGGGCCUUCCUCAGAGGGUCAGGAAUGGACCAGUCAACCGGGAGAUUCACAGCUCCCAUCACUGGGAUCUACCAGUUCUCUGCUAAUGUCCACAUUGACCACAAUGAGGUGAAGAGGAGUAAGAGUCAACUCAAGGCCAGGGAUAAUGUUCGGGUGCUGAUCUGCAUUGAAUCGCUCUGCCACCGAUACACCUCCCUGGAGAUGAUUGUUGGAUUAGAAAGUAACAGCAAGAUAUUCACUGUCAGCGUGCAGGGGCUGCUGGAGCUACAGGUUGGGCAGUACACCUCCAUAUUUGUGGAUAACGCAGCAGGCGCUUCCAUCACAAUACAGAACGGUUCCGAUUUUAUGGGCAUGCUGCUUGGCGUAUAGCCUCACAACAUGAACAGGGCUUCAUCGAAGCUAUCCACUGCUGCCGAUUUCUUUCUGAGUUUUCUUUUUUAACGGACUGCUUAUGAGCACCAUCACACAGUACCAAACCACAGGGGAGGUUUGAAGGAAGGAAGUGAAGCUGACAUGGACUUGACUGCUUGUCAGAUGGUGAAAGGACAGUGUGAGGAACUCAAGGACUGAGUUUGUUUUUCACAGUGCAUCACUGCCACUUCCCUGAGGAACUUGGAUGCCUGUUGCUUCACCAAUAAAAUAAAGCAGUGAAUACGUCUGUUACAGUAUAUUUUUCGUGGAUGUUGAAGACCUUUGCGGUAAACCAAAAAUAUCAGUUUUUUAAUGUUCUCUGGAUAGAUGUUGGAAGCGCUAGGGAACACGAGAAAGUACAUUUGUGCAUUUAAUGUAUAUUGACAUGUUAAUGUUUUUUUGUCUACAUGAUCUGUUAUGUACACACUCAUGAACUAUAGCUAUAUUUUAUCAUGGAUUAAAUCUCACAUUUAUAUAUGUUAUAUGGUACAUAGACUGUGAGUACACUGGACAAUGGAAACAUGCUCAAUAGACAGAAUAAGGCCUCACAUGAUCUUAUCUUUUAUAUGUAAUUGCAUGUUUUGUAACAUAACUAUGGAGUGCUUCAGGAAUUAGUCCCAAAACCUGGAAAAGAGUUAGAAUUUUUGCAUUUCCGGUUCCCUUGUCUGGACGUCAAUGGGUUUUUAGCUGGAUGCCUGAAAUAAGGUCUGUGGUUAACACAAGAUUUUGACGUUUUGUUCAAUAUAAAAUCAGUAAAUAU